GUAAUGUUAUUAGUCCUGGUUAAAAGUGAGGUUUUAGCGCCAUCUGCUGAUCUAAAUUUGUCAGUAACCCGAGUCCCUGUUUCAAGUGACGUGUUUAAUACUUACAUACUUAUUACCUUUUUACGCAGUGCUCUUGUUGUAGGUUCUGUCAGUGUCUUUGGGCUCUAUAUAUAGAACUAUAACACAUUUUAUUAAAGAUCCAAGACUCUACACAGAUAAAUUCGUCCUGUCGGGGUCCGCGUGCGCUUUUACUGUUUCUGUCACACGUGGAGCUUCUGAUUGGCUGUCCUCACCGCUCGCACUUCCGCAUCCACACGAGCUUUACUUUGGUCCAUGUUUUUGACCAUAAACCGUACAGUCUGUGCUUGGAUCUUUUUACAUCUCCCCCAUUUACAGAGAAAUCAUGAGUCAGCGGUGCGACACGUGUCAGGAAAAGCUCCAGAAACUGACCCAGCAGGUUUCUGUGAUGAGAAAAGAAAUCAAAAACCUCAGGCAAAUGUUGGACAGUGCAACACGAGCCCAUCGUAAACAUAUGGUAUCUCUUCAGUCUGUUGUUUCCAAAAUGGAUCUGAAGGAUUUUUGUAAAGCUCAGACUCCAACAAACAUCUCGGCCUCCCCAGUGAGUGCAUUGGAACAAGGUGUCAUUCAGACAGUUCCCAUCGGUUUCCUCAGCUCCUGUUUCUCUGUAAAGAACGGGACCCCCCGACAGCCGACCAUCUGCGGUCCGUCCAGGGCUGAGCUGCGCAUCGAGCACAGCGUCUUCAACAACCCCGAGCACGCUUUAGUGGGACUCGAACAAUACUCUCACGUCUGGAUAAUUUUUGUCUUCCAUAAAAACGGUCACCUCUCUGCUAAAGCCAAAGUGAAGCCUCCAAGACUCGAUGGUCAGAAGGUUGGAGUUUACUCGACGCGCAGUCCGCACAGACCCAACGCUUUAGGUCUGACACUGGCGAAACUCGACAAGUUCAAGGUCAGUGACACUCUUUAUCUGUCGGACAUUGACAUGAUCGAUGGGACCCCUGUGCUGGACAUCAAACCUUACAUUCCAGAUUACGACUCCAUUCAGUCCAGAGCAGAAACUGAAGUUCAGAAUGAAGAGUGUCCAAUUAUAGAAGAGACAGAUGUGGAUUUCCCAAAGCUAGAAAAUGAAGAUAUUAGAAAAGAUACUAAACGACAGAAAUUAGAACGUGAUCAUUUUGUUGGAGAAGCGAUUGACAAUGAUCCUUUAACUCAUUUACAAAGUGCGUUGGAGGAAGUCAAGACCUACGUGAGUCAAAGGGACGUUAGUUUAGAAGAGGAGGAGAAGAAUAAAGUUCCCAAUUGUCCAAAAAAUCCAUCGGAGUCUUCGUCAGAGAGGCCGUGUUAUGGGGAAGAGGCUUACAGUACCAUCGCCAGUUGGAUCAGGGAGCCUCCAGUUUCAAGUUUGGAAGUUCGAUUCACUGCUCAUGCUGAGAAAGAGCUUGCGCAGUUUCUUCCAGCAGGAUGCAAAGAAGGAGAGGGACCCAGGUUCAAGUUUCUGCGCAGUACAGACGAGGCCAUAGCUGCCAUCAGGGGUGUGCUGUCUGCCGACCCGCGCUCUGUUUACAGGAGGGGGCGCUGUACAGACAAACUCUUCUACUUCACACUGGACACGGCUGAUGUCACUUGCUGGUUCGGACAGGAUUUUGCAGAGGUUUUGCAAAUUCGAGCCGUUCAGCAGCUCAGUGGAGUGGCAAAAGACUCACUAGAAGCAACUAAAAUGCCUUGUAAGAGCUCAGAGUGAAAAUGAGUUUAAAAAGUGCUUGUACUACCAAAAAAAUCUAAGUUAUGUUGGGAGACUGGAUGUUUUUUUGCAUUUUCUUUCCAAUAAAGAAAGAUUUAUAUUUA